GCUAUAGUGCCCUUAAUGCGCCAGUGAGUCAUUGCCGGGAAUUGCCUAUAAUGGCGACUCGGGAAUUUCUGAAUAUAAUGCCUGAAUAGUGCCCAGCGUCAAAUAACGUGCUGACCACGCAAAACGUAUAUCAGGCCAUGCAAUGCCGACACUGCUACAUACACUCAGCAAACCUCGUGUUGUAUGACCACUGGGUAAUACUUUGCUUGAGCUGCCAGAUUAAUACAAACGCGACAGAUGAUUUCUUCAGUCACGGGUUUAUUGCCAAUCCCAUUGGCCCAUACCAAAAUUUUCCGAGUCAGGCGAUCAUCGAUAAUGUUACACCAGGUGUUGUGCCUGUACAAUUGGCUUCCCCUGUAGGCUUGUCUCCACCCAGCAAUUUCACGGAGCAUCAAUCAUGGGACAACUUUGUCACGAGUCACAUCGCUUCCCCAACGGUCAACACACAAAUGGCAUCAUUUGUUGAAGCCUACCUUGUCCGUCUUCAGGCAGUACACGGUCGACAGCUGACCGUUAGCGAGGCAAUCUCGAUUAUCAGGUAUUACCUGCAGGUAGCCCACCCUUCCUUGCAUCACGAUGCACACUUCAGACACUUCGCAUCUCCGUUGAUGCCACUUGUCGCUCCUGUCGAAGUUUCUCCCAUGUCUUCCGAUGUUGUGGACAUGGGUCCAGGAACCGGCGCAGGUAUUUCCUUGGAAGGAUCGGCUGUGUCUGAAACCGAAAGCACUUUUGGGAUUUACGACAUGGAUUCUCUUCGUCGUAUCUUUGUAGAAGAAGGCCGGUUCAAGGUAGAGUGCUUGUGGCCCAAGUGCGGGAGAAUAGUGAUGAAAGACAAUCACCCCCGGCAUGUACGGGAAUGUCAUCUGCGUGCCAGGAGAGGAGCUGUGCGCACAAAUGAGCUGCCUGGCGGCUGAUGCAAGGAGCUUUUCUGACGGAUUGUAUUUCUUUUUAAUCGAUUGGGAAGAUGUUUUGUAUCGUAUAGAACGUAGCAUCAUAUCAUAAAAGUCUUAAUAUGCG